CCUCCUAACACCUCGGAAAAUGCGAGCCCCUGAUUGUCCAGGGGAGAUUAGCGCCUCUAUUCAUUUCAUGAAGAAGGAUGCUCUCCACGAGGUCGAAAAGCCGUAUGCAUUUCGGUACCCAGUGCCAGGUGCAACCCAAACCAACAUGGAAAUGGAGAAAGUAGAGCGCAUUCCCAUCUCCGACAUCCGGGGACGAAAACACGAGCAUUCUUUCGAGGCAGACGGUUUCGUAGUUCUGGAACUGCAUCGAACCUUCGACUACAGCAUCUUCUUCGAUAACGAAGAACUGCAGGUGUAUUUCCGCACCCUAGAGACGUUAUUGAAAGAGUUCCUGGGCGCGACUGAGGUGCAUGUGUUCCGUCAUGGCGUGAGAAAGAGACAUCCAGAUUUUCCGGUAUCCACUGGGACAUCCUACGAGUACGAUCAACCCACUUCUGUAGCGCACAUUGAUACAACACCAGAAGAGGCGCAGAAUGAGAUCCGCAGGCAAUACGGAGGCGAGUCCAAAAAGUACCUAGAGAAGCGACGAUAUCAGUGGAUCAACAUCUGGAAGCCACUGAAAGGCCCCUUGAAUGACUGGCCUUUGACUUUGUGCUCUUCAGCAAGCGUGGAACAGAAAGAUGUCGAGUCUGCCGACCUUCUUUAUCCAGACCUAGCGACGGAAAAUUAUCAGGUAUACCAUCGAGACAAGUACCAGUGGUAUUAUUUAAGUGAUCACAAAACUUCGGAGGUGCUCGUGUUCAAACAGUCUGAUUCGGAUCCAGGAGCGUGUUUGGGAGUUCCACAUUGUUCGUUCUUCAACCCGCUAGCGUCCCCCGAAGAAGCUCCAAGAGAGAGCAUUGAAGUGCGAGCGCUCGCAUUCUAUGAUUGAGUUCGAGGUGUCUUGUUAGAGGAAGUGGCUCUCCUUAGAACGUGGUCGAUUUCUGGUCGAGAAUCCCAGGUGCUCUGUGUUGUCUUAGAAGCGGCCUCGUGUCGCAAAGUGGCACAUACCUUGUGCAGUGUGAGGCAGG